AUGCGUCCCUUGUCUCUGGACAAUGGCGUCACUGGUAAUGGAGGCAUGACCACUGAUACUCUGGAGCCCAUUGCUAUCGUGGGUCUUGCCACGCGGUUUCCCCAGGAUGCGACGAGGACAGAGAAUCUGUGGGAGCUGCUGUUGCAAGCACGGACGACAUGGACUCCUGUUCCACGCGAACGUUUUAACGCGGAUGCGUUCUAUCACCCUGAUCCAGAGCAUGGCGGGACUUUCCAUGUUCAAGGAGGACAUUUCCUUGCCGAAGACCCGGCGUAUUUCGACGCGUCCUUCUUCAACAUCACCAAGAAUGAACUCCUGACCCUUGACCCACAGCAGCGGCUGGUGUUGGAGAAUGUCUACCAUGCUUUGGAGAAUGCCGGUAUCCCAUUAACCAAUGCUGUUGGCUCGAACACGUCCGUGUUCGUAAGCGGAUUCAACCAUGACUAUCUCGGGAUCCUCAACUCCGACCCCGAGACGACCUUGAAGUACAAACCAACCGGUGCCACUAAUGCCAUCCUUUCAAACAGGGUCAGCUGGUUCUUUGACUUCAAGGGGCCUAGUAUGACUAUCGACACUGCCUGCUCCAGUAGUUUGGUGGCCCUUCACCUUGCUGUGCAGAGCUUACGGGCUCGAGAGACUCACAUGGUAGGCUUCGGCACAUUUUCACAUGUGAAAAAAGGGUUGCUAACAGUUCCAUACCAGGCUGUUGUCAGUGGAGUGAGCAUCUUGGAGAACCCUGUAGAAACCAUUGGCAUGAGCCAUCAUGGUUUGCUCGGAUCCCAUGGUCGAUCGUUUAGUUUCGAUUCCCGCGCCGAAGGCUACGCCCGAGGAGAAGGUGCGGCCACCAUCGUGUUGAAGCCCUUGCAGAGCGCCGUGAGAGACGGCGAUACCAUUCGAGCUGUGAUUCGCGGCACCGGUGUCAGCCAGGAUGGCCGGACCCCUGGUAUAACGGUUCCCAGUGCUGAUGCACAGGAGAGAUUAAUCAGAGAGGUUUAUUGGAAAGCCGGGUUGGAUAUUGAACGCACACGGUUUGUAGAAGCUCAUGGCACGGGCACCAGCACUGGCGACCCUAUUGAAGCCGGAGCACUAGCGAGAGCAUUUAAAUGCCGACGUGAUACUCCGCUCUAUGUUGGAGCCAUCAAAUCCACAAUUGGUCAUUUGGAAGGUGGCUCUGGGAUCGCCAGCAUCAUCAAGUCUAUUCUCAUAUUGGAAUCUGGUAUUAUUCCGCCAAACUUCGACAUCCAGGAAAUAAAUCCCAAAAUCCCUUCGACAGAGUGGGAUAUUACUUUCCCCACAGAAAGUAUACCUUGGCCAUCAUCUGGCUUACGGAGGGUAUCGGUGAAUUCAUUCGGAAUUGGAGGUACCAAUGCACACUGUGUUCUCGAUGAUGCUUAUCACUAUCUCCACGAACGACAGAUCCCCGCGAUUCAUCACACCAACCCUCGCGUCCCCACGAAAGAUAACAUCAAAGGCCAGCUGCUGGCCAUAUCAGGCCUGAGGAACCCACGGCAGGCCAUCACCGAUCCUGCUGACGGGAGUGACCACUCAGGAAAUGGUUUCGUAUUUGUCGACACUCCUACAAGCGACGGAUUUUGUGCCUCUCCGGUGUUUCGCUCCAUGGAAACAUACACAAAUCUCGUUGAUGUGCCACGGGUCUUCCUCGUCACGGCAUUUGACGAAACGGGCGUGAAGAGGACUGCAGCCGAGUAUGCUCAUUAUCUCAAUGGCAAGACAGCGCAAUCUGGAAUUCAUGGCGAUCUUCUUGAUGAUCUAUCCUUCACCAUGUCGAAGAAGCGCACUCUGUUUUCUUGGAGGAGCUUCGUCAUGGCCUCCACGGUCAAGGAACUUGCGUGGAAUCUAUCUGAAUGCAACUUCACCAAGCCUGUGCGAACUGCCAAGACACCAGAAAUCAGCUUUGUCUUCACCGGUCAGGGCGCUCAAUACCAGGCCAUGGGCAGAGAGCUCAUGGUAUAUCCGGUUUUUCGGGAGUCUUUAGAGGAGGCCUCAGAAUACAUUCGUCGACUGGGUAGUCCUUGGAUACUGAUUGACGAGCUCUUGGCCGAAGGCACAUCUUCGCGAGUUAACCUCCCCGAGGUUGCCCAACCCCUGUGCACGGCGUUGCAAAUUGCCCUUGUCGACCUCUUGACCAGCUGGGGCAUCUUUCCCACACGUGUGACUGGACACUCAUCUGGUGAGAUUGCUGCUACCUAUUGCGCCGGCAAAUUGUCACGAGAAGCAGCGUGGAAAGUCGCGUACUACCGCGGAUACGUUUCGUCGAAACAACUAGCAGCAAAUGGAGCAAUGAUGGCCGUGGGUCUAAGCGCGUCACAGCUCCAACGAUACCUUGACUCUGUUCACAGUGAUUGUAUCGGAGAACUCAUCAUCGCCUGCUACAAUAGCCCGAAGAACAACACCGUCUCUGGGGAUGAGGCCAUGGUGGAUAAUCUGAAAAAGCUAUUGGAUGCAGAUGGAGUCUUCGCCCGGAAACUUAAUGUUACUAACGCUUAUCAUUCUGCCCAUAUGGAGGUCAUUGCAGACGAAUACUUGCGUCUGAUAGGUACACUUCCGCACGGAAAACGAUUGGCAGCGCCACAUGUUGUACACAUGUUUUCAACUGUCUCUGGACAAGAGAUCUGCGAUGAACAUCUGUCUGCCCAAUACUGGGUUGACAAUAUGGUUUCUCCUGUCCAGUUCACUAGUGGUUUGAACGCGCUGUGUUCUAAAUACAACUCCGCUGGUGAUGACGGCGCCGAUGUUUUGCAUCAUAUCGUGGAAAUAGGCCCGCAUGCGGCAUUACAAAGCGCCAUCAAAGAGACGAUUGCAUCCAGGAAUCAGCGGCCUCAAUUCAAGUACCUCCCUAUCCUCAAACGCAACGACCACAGCUUGAAUGUUUUGCUCAGUACACUUGGGUUCUUGGUUGCAAGUGGCUAUCCGCUCGACUUGCACGCUAUCAACCUGUCCUCCAGACCCACGGGCAACAGACGGGCGAGGCUUUUAGUGGAUCUGCCACCGUACAGCUUCAAGCAUACAGAGAAGGUCCUAUAUGAAAGUCGCCUAAGCAAAAAUAUUCGAUCUCGGAAAUUCCCCCGACAUGAUUUGUUUGGUGCCCCCGUGGCAGAUUGGAAUGCCCAUGCCCCAAGAUGGAGGCAUUUCAUCCGGUUAAACGAGAAUCCUUGGCUCAAGGACCACAUGGUUACUGGCAGCUAUGUCUACCCCGGAGUUGGCUAUCUCAUCAUGGCGAUUGAAGCGUCGAGACAACUGGUCAAUGAGAAAAAAAUCACUGGAUUUCGUCUCCGACGUGUUUCUAUGAUGAGGGCCUUGAUUAUUCCUGACACCAAGGAUGGCAUUGAGGUCUCUUUAUCCAUGACACCCACUGAAGGGUCAUCAGAAUCAAGAAUAUGGCAUCACUUCCAAAUCAGCUCUUACAAUGCUUCGAGUGACGAGUGGACAGAACAUUGCACUGGCAAUAUCAAGGUUGAAUUCCAGUUGCCCCUUGAUCCGAUUGACAAUGGCCGCGAAGAAGAAGAGGAACGCCUUGCCUGGAAAGCUGGUCUCAUAAAAGCGCAAGAGAUAUGUUCACGGAACAUGAACUUUCAAACAAUGUACAGCAACUUUCAAACAUCUGGACUCGCCUUUGGCCCCCUAUUCCAGAAUCUCGGAGAUGUUCGAUCCAGUGGACAGAAGCAAGGCGCGGCCGUUGGGUCAGUUACCGUUCCGGAUAUCGCGCAGUCGAUGCCAAAGCAAUACAUGCACCCUCACCUCAUCCACCCGGCCACAAUGGACAGCAUGAUCCAUAUGAUCAUUGCGGCCGUGCUGGAUUCCUCUGGGAAGCCGAAUCUUGAAAAGAUUCGGCUACCCACUUUCAUUCGGGAUGUUUGGGUAUCGGCAGAACUUACUUCUGCGCCAUCUCACAAGUACACAGGUCAUGCAUCGGUAUCCGUAGCAGCCUUCGACAAAUUCGAGGGUCAAAUUCGGAUUCUGGAUGAGGACUCACACGCGCCUUGCAUCCGCAUGGAUGGAAUUGAGCUGACACCUCUGGAGCCGGGACUUGUGGAGAAUAAAAAACGUCAAUUGUGUAGCUCCAUAAAAUGGAGUUCAGAUCUACAUUUCCUCAAUUCUCAGACUGCUUGCAGCUUGACAAUCCCCAAGGAGAUUGACAGUGAGAAGGCUCGAGAUUCCGUCAAAAUGUUUCAACAUGCUACGAUGCUGUACGUGACCGACGCCCUGGACGAACUCAGGGAUCUCGACAUGGUGAAAGUCGACUUGCAUCUGCGCAAAUUCUACGAGUGGAUGCUCCAUAUGCGUGAAGACCUUGUCUCCAACGCGAUAAUUCAUCUCCCGUAUAGUGAGUUCCAGGAGCUGGCCGGCAAUAAAGCUCUCAAGCAAGCGAUUUGGGAUAAAGUCGAAGCUUCCAGUGCGGAGGGCGCCCUCACUACCCGAAUGGGCCGCAAUAUUGUCCGGGUGAUGCAGCAAGAAGUUGAACCCCUUGAUCUCAUGUUUGGGCAAGAUUCCAUGAUGGAAAAGGUUUACAAAGAGAGUCUUCAUCUCUAUAACCUGCCGAAGCAUCUGCAUUCUUACCUCUCUUUGCUCCGCCAUCAACAUUCUGCACUGAAAGUACUCGAGGUCGGAGCUGGAACGGGCAGUUUUACGGCAGAGGUUCUUGACGUGCUAUCCCCAGAUCCCAAGAACAACGCCGGGAGCAUUGCCAGCUAUGGAUUCACAGACAUUUCCUCCAGGUUCUUCGAGAAAGCCAAGAAACGGUUUCAGUCGUGGCAAGAUAUCAUGUCAUUCCAAUCCCUCAACAUCGAAAGAAACCCGGUUGACCAGGGAUUCCAACCUGGCACCUACGACCUGAUCUUCGCGGGUAACGUCAUCCACGCGACAGCCAACUUGCACACGGCGCUGCACAACUUGCGGUUGCUGCUCCGCCCCGGCGGCAAACUGAUCAUGCAAGAGGGAACGCGGCAAGACUUCCUUUGGUAUCCACUCAUCUUCGGCCAGUUGCCUGGCUGGUGGCUGGCUAAUGAACCUAUCCGGCAAUGGUGUCCUUAUAUUCCUGGGUCAGAGUGGGACACGAUCCUAAAGGAGUCUGGGUUCUCAGGCGUUGACAUUGAAUAUCCCAGCUCGACCGAGGAAGACUUGUCGUGGCAGAGUAUCUUGGUUGCUUCUGCUGUUGCUCCGGUCAAGGAGAAGUUACCGCAGAAAGUCUUCAUUCUUACUUCUGGUACAUCAAGGACUACAAAAAUUGUCACUCUCCUUCAAGAGAGUUUGACAAGGGAGUGCCCCAAUGUGAUGGUCGUGGGACUUUCAGAUCUCAGCGAACUCAGCUUUUCGAAUGCUCUCUGCAUAUCUUUGAUCGACCUGGAACAGCCCCUGCUUGCGGCAAUCGAGGAGAAAGAGUUUAUAGCAUUGAGAAAUAUGUUCAAUGCGUGCCACGGCCUACUAUGGGUCGCCCCAGAGGCGCACAGCGAGCCUUUCUCCAGCAUGAGUCUAGGUCUCCUUCGGACUGUUCGCUGGGAACGAGAUACCGAUGGCUGGAACUGUGUGACUCUGAUCGUCAGUGACUUCGAGAACAUAUCUUCACAAAAUCUUGUGGUCAAGAUGCACAAUAUCUUAGAGCGGCAAUUCGUGGAGCAGCCCGAAAACGAGCGCCAUGCAGAGUACCUCCUGCAGAACGACAUCAUCCAUGUCGGUCGUCUGCGCGAAUGGGAUAAUGCAGAUGACUUUUUGGCUGCGCGGUCAUCAAAUGCUACCCCUCAGAUCCAGAGACUUGUGGAUAUUGAUCGUCCCAUUGAAUUGAAUACUUCUUCUGCAACCGAUCAACUUCACUGGGUGGCUGACUCGCGACAUAGCACUUCACUGAAUGAUACAGAAGUUGAAAUCAGUGUUCAUGCUGUUGGACUUCCAUCAAAUUUUCAAGGUGGCAGUCUUUUGAACGAGGCUGCCGGAGUCAUAACGAAAACAGGGUCGGCAGUGGAUGGCCUGGCCUCUGGGGAUCAUGUUGUUUACAUGAUAGCGAAUGAUCGAGCUGGCUGUCUCCACACUGUGGACCGAGUCUCCCAGAAUUUAGUCGUCAAAAUCCCCGAGACAAUUCCCAUCAAAGUUGCUGCUAGUUUGCCUUCCAUAUACACCACAGCAAUAUACGGACUCGGCGAGGUAGCGAGGCUAGGCGAAGAGGAUACAAUCCUCAUCCACAGUGGUGCCUCCCCCAUCGGCCAAGCAGCCAUCCAAUAUGCCAAGCUCGUCAAAGCAGAGAUCUACACUACUGUGUCGACAGUCGAAGACCGCGCGCUCCUGGUCUCGGAGUACGGCAUAGCCGAAGACCACGUUUUCUCAAACAGGGACCUCCGCUUCGCGAAGGGAGUCAUGAGGCGCUCGCAAGGUGCAGGCGUCGAUGUCAUUUUCAAUACUCUCUCUGAUGAAGCUCUUCAAGAGUCGUUGACAUGUCUUGCUCCCUUCGGGCGCUUUAUCGACGCUUCCAAUAAAGAUCUCCAUUCUAAUGCAACGAUUGAGCUUGCUUCUCUACAUCGCAAUGUGACUCUCACCACCAUCGACAUGACCCUUCUCGCGCAGCGACGACCAAAGCUACUCUGCCGUUUGCUGCAGGAGACAGUGAAGCUAUAUGCCGAAGGAAAAAUCAGCCAGGUUAGAGGUGUGAAGAACCUGAACUUUACCCAGAUCCAGGAAGGGCUGCAGGCUGCACAGAACGAAAAGAUCGUCUUUGUUCCUAGUUCAUCUGAUCUCAUCCCGGUCGUGCCUGAGCCGAUAACACCCUACCGAUUCGAAUCAAACGCAUCUUAUAUCCUAGCCGGCGGCCUGGGUGGUCUAGGACGAAGUCUGGCACGAUGGAUGGUUUCGCGUGGCGCUAAGAACUUGAUCUUGCUGUCUCGCAGUGGUUGUGCCACGAAGCCUGCCGAGGAAAUGGUUGCAGAUUUGAAGAAUAGCGGGUGCAACGCUCAUAUAUUCAGGUGCGAUGUCGCGGAUGCAGAGCGGCUGAGGGACGUUUUGAAGGAAUGCUCGAAGACUUUGCCGCCUAUUAGGGGAUGUAUCCAGUGCUCGAUGGUACUGCGGGACGGUGCAUUCGCCCGAAUGCCCUUCGAAGACUGGCAAGCCGCCAUAGCCCCUAAGGUCCAAGGCUCAUGGAACCUGCACGAGACAUUGCCCUAUGACAUGGACUUCUUCGUCAUGCUAUCUUCUGUAGCAGGCAUCUUCGGCAACAGGGGGCAAUCCAAUUACGCCGCCGGAAACACUUUUCAAGACGCCUUAGCCACCUACCGCACCGCCAAAGGCAUGCGUGCAUCAAGCAUCAAUCUAGGCAGUGUCUCGAAUGCAGGCUGGGUAGCCGAGAACCGGGGCUCGAUGUGCACGCACUCCGCACCGCUAUUCGAGCUCCUUCGCGAAGAUGAAGUCCAUGCAGCGAUAGAGUAUCUGGUUGACCCGCGACACAAGAAAUAUACCACCCAGAACAAUCUCCCGGAGUCGCAGCUUGUCCUGGGUCUUCCCAGUGCAGAGCUGUGUUGUCAGAAUGGCAUCCCCCCGCCUACAUUUUUGGAGUAUUCGCUCUUUACCCAUUUCAGGGCUACGGCCGUUGCGAAACACCGCGAGGGGCGUGAACAGAAGACUGUUAGCGCUGCUGCGCUUUUGACAGCGACAGCCAACUUUGAGGAUGCGGUGGUCGUGGUCUCGGACGGUAUUGUCGAGAGACUCUCGUCAUUACUGGCCAUUCCAGCGUCUGAGUUUGAUAGACAGCGAUUCGGCUUUGGGGGUAUUGACUCAUUGGUAGCGAUGGAGUUUCGCUCAUGGAUUGUUAAGGAGUUGAAGGCGGAGGUAUCGUUGUUGGAUAUUAUGGGAGCGCAGAAUAUCAGGGCGCUGAGUGAGAAGGUUGUGAAGAGUCGAUUUGAGGAGAGGAAUGAUGGCGGCGUUGGUGGAAGGGGGUGA